AAUAUUCAGUUUUUGAAAUUUUUUUGGAUCGCCUAUCCGGUUUUCACAUUUCACCCUGACACAUCCCACAACGUCUCAAGUACUCUCUCUCAAACCAUUCCUCCGAUUUGUUUGUCUUCUUUCUUCUCUUCAAUGACACCGAACGAACAAUCCCAAAUCAAUACCAAAACCCUAAUUUCGCCUCCAAAAAACACAACCGACAGAACAAGAGCUUCCGACGACGACUUCGGCCGAGCAACGGCAAAAAUCGCGGUGGCACAACUAUGUGAAGCCACAGGUUUUCACGCCGUCAAAGACUCCGCUCUUGAAUCCUUCUCCGACAUCAUAAUCCGUUACCUAAUCGACUUCAGCAAAACGGCGAAAUUCUACUCCAACCUCGCAGGUAGAUCAGAAUGCAGUUUAUUCGAUUUGAUUCGUGCUUGGGAAGAUUUAGAAGCUCCUCGAGGGUUUUCAAACGGUAUGAAAGAAAUUAUGAAUUACGCUGAAUCUAUGCCUGAAAUUCCUUUUGCUCAACCGAUUCCUCAUUUUCCGGUGAUUCGUGAACGGAGAAUCAUUCCGAGUUUUGUACAAAUGGGUGAAACUCCACCGGCAAAGCAUAUUCCACCGUGGUUACCGGCAUUACCGGAUCCUCAUACUUACAUUCAUACUCCUGUGUGGGAUGAAAGAGUCUCUGAUCCUCGUGAGGAUAAGGUUGAACAAGCUAGACAGCGUAGAAAGGCUGAGAGAUCAUUGUUGAAUUUGCAGAAGCGUUUGUUGCUUAGUAACAGUAACAGUAACCGUAAUCGAAACGAAUCCACAGAAACAACAAGAACAAAAACAAGAAGUGAUCCUGAUGAAGAUGCAGAUGUAGAUGUUGCUCCGGUUGUUUUGCCGACUAAGCUACCGAUUGUUGAUGGUGACCGUGUUUCGGUGUUGGAGGCAUUUGCUCCUGCAAUUGAGAAGCUAGGGGGUGGUGGUGUUUUGUGUGAUGACGAUGAUGAUGAGAUUGAAGGGGGAAAGAAGGUUAUUCCUGCUGCUACUUCGAGGCCUACUGUGCAUUUCAAGUUUAGAACUGGGAAAAAGUUCAUUGGGGAGUCUUUCGAUGAUAGAAAUAAGAAGAAGGGUGCUUUGCAAGCGAUAUCUUUGGUUGGUAGAGAAGAUGAAAGAGAUGAUAAGAAAAGGAGAGCUGAAUAUAUUCUUAGGCAGUCUAUGGAGAAUCCACAAGAACUCACUCUCUUAUAGGUUCUUGAGUCUGAAGUUGAGGGCUUGCAGAUUUUCUGGUCUGGUCGGCAGCAAAUUUACCAGCUCAGUUCUAUCUAUCAUAAGCUAAAGGUUUGGAUCAGAAGAAAGAAAGAAGAGAAGUUUGACAUAGCCGAAAGAUCUCUUGUUUACAAACUCUCACUGGAGUAACAUUUUAAGCCUAAAAAAAAUUCUCAAUUUGGUUGACCUUGAAAACACCAAGAAUUCUGAAACUUUGGCUAGUGCUCAAGGGCACCAUAAAAAAUCAAAGUGCAGAGCGUGGGUGAUAAGCAAGAAGAGUGCAUUGUGUUUUCACCUGCAGAAGACAUCAAUAUUCCAGAGUAUGCUGCUGAUGCUGAAAGUUCUGGUCCUUUUUCUGAAAUACAAUUAUGGUCCUUCUGAAAUACCACUCGAUAUUUCUUGGAUGGAUCCAUGUAUAGAAUUUGCAAGUUCGCAAAAAAAAUUCUCACUGACAGUGGCGCCAUCCCAUUGGACACUGGUCCAUAUUCUGAUAACUUUCUCCCGUGGCAACUCGAUUCAUGGCUAACAUUGCUAGACUUAUUACAAUUGCAGUCAAUACUUGUGGAUCCAAGAUUACCACACCCUAUGAGGUGAAGAUAAUCCUUUUCCAUCUCAAAUUAUGAACACAGUGCUUGUCUUAGAUGGAGGGAAUCCUUGAUUUCUGGUGUUUUGGGUAAAAGCAAAUCGCUUUUUAUAAAACAACACUACUUGCGCAGCACCUGUGUUGCAUUUGAUUUCUUGUUUAGGAAAUCAAAUAUAGUAAAAGUAUCUUGAAAAUUGUGUAGUCAAAUUUUUAAAAUGUUCUUUUCAGUAUAAAA